AUGACCAUCCAGAGACCAGAAGACUUUAGAAGUUCGUGUCGUGCUGGCAAAUUCAAUACUCAAACUUCAGGGCAAUGUCCAGGUUUUGCUCAAGCUAAUCUAUUAGUGAUUCCAAUUAAUGCUGCACAAGAUUUCAUUGAACUAUGUGAAAGAAAUCCAGUCCCAUGUCCAUUACUAGCCAUUACAAAACCUGGUGAUCCAACAGUUUUCACAAAAGGUUCCUCAAUUUUCAAAACUACAACUGAUCUAAGUACUGAUUUUCCUAAAUAUAACGUUUAUGAUAAUGGGAAACUCAUAUCAACUCAAUCAGAUAUCUCAAAAGAGUGGUCUAAGGAUCAUGUUGGAUUUCUUGUUGGUUGUUCCUUCUCAUUUGAAUUCGCACUAAGCAAAGCGGGCCUCACUCCAAGAAACAUGUCUCAAGGUUUCACUGUACCAAUGUAUCACACAAAGAAGUAUUUGGAUCCAGCUGGUGUAUUCACAAAUAGUACCUAUGUUGUCAGUAUGAGACCUUACAAACUAAAGGAUAUACCAAAAGUUCGUGAAAUUACUAAAAAAUUCAAACCAACUCAUGGUGAACCUAUUGAUUGGGGGUUUGAUGCUUUAGAAAGAUUGGGAAUAAAUUCACUUGAGGAUACUAUCUUUUCAGACCCUAUUGAACUGGAAGAAGGUGAGGUUCCUGUGUUUUGGGGAUGUGGUGUUACACCUCAAUUAGCUGCUGCUGAGGCCAGUGAUAAGGUUAAGGGGACCAUAAUGGCACACGCGCCGGGGCAUAUGAUUGUUAUCGAUGUGAAGGAUGAAGAAGUGCCAUUUUUAUAA